AUGACAAGCGACAAUAAUCCUUUGACCACAGUUGACAUAUCCUACUUAGACGACCCCAAAAUCGCCAAGGAGCUACUAGACGCAUUGGUAUCGCAAGGAUUUGUAUUCAUCGAUGGUCAUAAUUUCCAGGCUAGUGAAGUUGACAAGAUUUUUGACAUAUCCAAGCAAUUUUUCAAGUUGCCGUUAGAUUACAAGAGGAAAUUCCCCUUUGAUAGUUCAAAUAGUGGGUAUAUCGAAUUCAAUCGGGAAAACCUUGAUCCCAAUGCCAAAAAGGAUUUCAAAGAGGGGUUGAACUUUAGUGGUAUAGAUUUCACAACUGGUGGGCCAUCAGGUGCAAUCCCAGACUGGUUUGUUGAAGAACAGGAAAGAUACACAUUUGUCAAGGAUAUGACUUUGAAGUUGAAUAAAUUGGCCCUCGAUUUGCUCUUGCUUUUAGCUAAAGGCCUUGAAAUUGAAGGUAAUGACAAAGAAGGAGGAGUUCCAGGUGCUGAAUGGUUUACUUCGAGAUACAAGCCCACUUCCAAGUCCGGUUCAACUUUGCGGUUUUUGCACUACCCUGCUCAAACCACAAACAACAAUGGCGAUGGUGAGGUGCGUGCUGGUGCCCAUACCGAUUACGGCUCAAUGACUCUUUUGUUUCAAAAGAAGAACCAGGAAGGGUUGGAGAUUUAUAGUCCUGUGAGUAGGAAAUGGGAAAAGGUGCCGUUUGUCGAUAGUACCAAGCCAGGUAUGGCUCCGCCAAUAAUUGUCAAUAUUGGAGACUUGUUGAGCUAUUGGACUGCUGGGUUGUUGAAGAGUACCAUUCACAGAGUCAAGUUUAGUAAUUUGCAAACGGAAGAUCGAUAUUCGGUAGUGUUCUUUAGUCAUCCAAGUGACGAAACGUUGUUGGAACCAGUGCCUAGUAAAUUACUAAGAGAUCGCACUGGUAGAGGUGUUGCAAAGGACACCGAGUAUAUCACAGCUUUGCAGCAUUUGGAAAAGAAGUUGGCAAACACUUACGGGUACUGA